UCAUCUCGGCGGAUCAACCCCCCCCCCCCCCUCUCCACCCCCAUCCCAUCCCAUCCCAUGCCACCCACCCCCUCGGUGCCGACCCAUGCCUGCUGUUACCCCUUGUAUCAUCUGAGUCACACACACACACACACACAGAGAGAGGAAGAGAGAUGCGGUCUCCCUUUGUGUGUUUCACUUUCUUCGCUCCCAAGGACCCGAGGUAUCUCUUCGCCGGAUCUUUGUCUCUGGAUGGCGGCGGAGGCUGCGCGCUGCGCGCACUCCGGAGCAGCAGCAGAUGCGUUGAGCAACACGGCUAAUAGCACUUAUCUUUCUAUAUUGACCACACGCCUCAUGCUAAAAAUCCCCACACUCAUGAGAAGGCAACGGGAAGCAGAUUACUGAGGGAUUAUACCACAGAUUCAGGAUUUGACUGCUGUCCAACUGUGGAUCUCACUCGGAAUGAACUCCUGUGACUGGCUGACUGACUGAGAGACACUCUGGUGUCAUGGAGGAAGAGGAGGAGCCAACGGAGUCUCAUUGAACGCCGCCUCCCCGUCUCCUGUCUCAGCAUCGAAGGCUUUGACUGGCCAAUGAGGAUUACAAACAGCAGAGUGCGCAGAAAGGGAGAGGAGUGCAGAGCUGACCGUACGCCUGUUGCUGUCCCAUGAUGCAUCUACACAUGAAAGAGCAGGAUCAGCCACACAGAGGGCUGUUUCUAUGGAUACCCCUGCCCUGGGUAGUAUUAAUAAGACUCACUGAUAUUCUGACUAUUUGUCCGUGAAGGAAAUACAGAGAGAUUAGAAGUGUAUCCCUGCAGCGGACUUACAGCAUCAGAUAACAACUGUGGAGCAGUGAAGGGCACCAUCAUUAAGUGUUAACAUGAAAAUGACAUUUCUAUUAUUCGUUUUUUAGAUGUACUGUAGCUGCUUUACCAAAACAUGUUUAAACCUGGAGCCGCACAAGCGCUGACAAAAGCAAAUGUUAGAAUACUUUCUACUUGGUUUCAUAUAUUUUGAUCCUUUCUGAGAUUCAAUUUUUUGCUCAGACCCUCCUUGUCCCACACUCCUCCAAAAUCAGUUAGACAAAUAAUUUGAAAAGUGUGAUUUAUACAAACCUGCCCACACAGUAAAAGAGGAUGUGAAAUGAUGCACAAAGAAACGUUCUCUUAGGCCUGGAGCAAAUUAUUACCUUUUGGGAUGCCGAAAAAACUGCCAUCAUCUUCCACCAGGUUAGUCGAGGCAUUCAAUUUGGGCCUUUAUAUGAUAACAGACAUCUACUGUAUAUGCACCCGCUUCCCAAAGAAAACUCGUGCGUCUACUGAUUCUGGACUCACCAGCAAGAUGUGGCACUGUAUGCACCAGAUGAUACAGAAACCUUUUUAAUUUAGGAAUUGUGGGGAUUCAUGAAGUACAUCAAACUACCUGAAAUCUAUCCACCAUCUGCCUCCAAUACCUCAAACUGAGCUGUCAUGGCCCGUCAGGACACUCCUCCCUUCCUCCAUGGCUUUGACCUCAGUGGUCACUUCGUUGACCCUCGACCUCUCGGCACGGGUGUCACCGGCCUGGUGCUCUCAGCUGUGGACCAGCGCAACGGACGGCGUGUGGCAAUUAAAAAGCUGGUGAUGCGCGACACUGUGACGGUGAAACAUGCCCUGCGGGAGGUGAAAAUCACCCAUCGGCUGAGCCACGAGAAUGUGGUGCAGGUUCAUGAGGUUCUGGCGCCACAUGGACGCCCGCUGCCCCGGGACCCAAGGCAACUCAGUGCCCUCUACAUUGUCCAGGAGUGCAUGGAGACCGAUUUGGCUCGGCUGCUGGAACAAGGACCACUACCCACAGGUCACGCUACGCUGCUGUUCUACCAGCUGCUGAGGGGACUAAAGUUCAUCCACUCAGCCAACGUCCUGCACAGAGACCUAAAGCCUGCUAACAUAUUCAUCAACACGGACCAACUGCUGCUCAAGGUUGGAGACUUCGGGCUGGCGAGAAUAGUCGACCCUCACUAUUCUCAUAAGGGCUAUCUGUCCGAGGGUCUGGUAACAAAGUGGUAUUGUUCCCCCCGUCUGCUCCUGUCCCCCAACAACUAUACCAAGGCCAUAGACAUGUGGGCCGCAGGCUGCAUACUGGCUGAGAUGCUUACUGGGCGCAUGCUGUUUGCAGGAGCUCAUGAGCUGGAGCAGAUGCAGCUGAUCCUCGACACAGUGCCCGUGCUGAGGGAGGAGGACAGGCAGGACCUGUUACAGGUGAUGCCUUCAUAUGUCAGCCGCGGAUGGAGAGUCAAGAAACCCUUUUCUGAAUUGCUGCCAGAAGUGGAUGCUCAGGCUGUGGACUUCCUUGAGCGUAUCUUGACCUUUAACCCCAUGGAUCGGCUGACGGCUGAAGCAGCCCUGUCCCAUCCCUUUCUCCAGCAGUACUCCUGUCCCGAGGAUGAGCCCACCUCCUCGCACCCCUUCCACAUCGAGGACGAACUGGAGGACAACCUCAUCACCGAGCAGAGCCUCAGCAGCAGUCAGGCCUCCAGCAUCCACUGGGACAGGUAUGAGAACAGUUUAUCCACAGAUGUAUGCUGGCAGCAGGCAGGCGGGAGGUGCCGCUGCAUGCCCCCUGGCCACGUUACCUCUGACCUGGGAGACACGACGGAGGAUGAGGAGGUGCAGCGGGACCCCCGGGCCGGUUCCACCUCACUGUUAGAGGAAGCUCAGGUGGAUCCACGCAAAUAUUCCCACAGCAGCUCAGCUGAACGCUUCCUGGAAAACUCUCACUCCUCUCUGGAGCGGGCCUGUGGUUUGGGGUACGGGGAACUGGACUGUGGUCGCUCCUGCGACUACAAAGUGGGCUCUCCUUCCUAUCUGGAUAAAAUAGCUUGGAGGGAGGGCAAGCCUCAACACUACUCGGAGCCUAAGCUGAUACUGGAUCUAUCGCAUUGGAAGCGCAACACCAACGUCCUCCCUGUGCCUGCUGAGCCCAUCGGUGGCAGUGUGGAGGACCUGGGAGAGAUGAGGGAGGAGGAGGCAGAAGAGGAGGAGACGGCGGAUUUAUUCCAGGAGAUCUCUCGCUGGGUGCAGAGCACCCAGUCUCGUCUAGACUCGCCCAGUCCCAGUCCUUCUUUGGAGCCACAUUCACCCUCCUCUCCCGCUCUCCCUCUCUCCCCGACCGACCUCCCAACUCCAGUCUGCCACUACACAGAAGUUGUGCGACAACCAUCAGCAGAAUAUGAUGAGCACAGACAAAGCCCACGUCCGCCUGUUACAUCUUCCACCAAUUCCCUUCCCUCGCUCCUCCCCACAUCUCCCACCUCUCCACUUCCGCCUCAGUCACCCCGAACAGUUUCUUCCCCCAUCUCGCCACUUUUUCAUUCCCCAGAAUCUCAGCCCCCGUCCUCCACUUCUUCCAUUCCGCAGCCGGUAAACGAUGACUCCUUGGAGUCCCUUCCUGUCAAGCAAAAAGAACGGCUUUUCGACCUGGACGUCUUCAUAUCCCGAGCACUGAAACUGUGCAGGCAGAAUAAGGAGAAAGCAGACGGGAAGAAAGGAAAGGAGAAAGAGGGAGGGUGGAGGGACGACAGCAAACUGCCAAACAUUAACCGAAAGGUGCCCAGGCUUCCAGAGUACAGGACUCCACCACCACCACACACCAAAUAACACGCCUAACUCUUGAAGUUUCAUUUCAGCUCAACGCCCACCACAGUAUGGCAUCAUAAUGGGUUGUGUUUAUAUAGUGAGCAGUGCCCAUGGCUGAAAAUGCUGCUCAAACAGUAGACCUUAGAGUUAUCAGCUGUUGUGUUGUUGGUACUACUGCAAUGACAAGCCACACGCGGUGACUAAAGCCCUCACUUACAGUAAGCAAUCCUGCAGCUUUGUCAGGAGGUCCUCUCGGGUUAGAGGUCAGAAAUAUAAAUAACCCUGUUUGGAAUUGUAAGUGUUUGUUCCACAUGAGAACAUUGAGAAAUCAGUUAUUUAAUGAUUGUGGAUCAGUUGAGUUGCGAUCAGUUGUCGAGUUAAAGACUUGACUUGAUCGCAACUUAUUCUGGGACACAAACAUCUGCCUAAUGACUGAGAGGGAACAGUCAACCUGUAAACAAGAGACGUUCAGACUGUCGAUAACAGUAACCCAAAGGAGGGAGAUCACUUGGUGUGAUUUUGCUUUAGUUUUUUUUUCGUCUUUGCAAGAUCUGUUGCUGCGUGUCAAGUCAUUCAUUAAUUUCUUGAAAUGUCAGGCUGUCUUCCAAAGGUGACGCUCACCAAAUAAUGAUAGUUACACACAGGAACUGCUUCCUUCAACUUCCUCUGAAUGUAUUAACUGAAAAAUAAUCAGUCUAAUUAUGCUCCAUGGUAUAACCAUGGGGAUUUUAUUAUUUGUUGCUAUUUCAACUCUCCCACAAUGAUUCGAUGAGAUCUGUCCCACGAUUCAUGCCUUGUAAACUUGUAUAAAACUGUUAUCAUAUUUAAUUCUAUAGUAUAUUUCUGAAGACUAUUGUCUUGAUAUUGUGUCUAAAAUAUUCUUGUUUUCUUAGUUGAAUUCUAGAGCACAGUUUUAUGUUAAUCUGGAGUGAGUUGUAUUUUAUUCAAAUAUCGAAUGCUCUGUGGUAAUAAUUUAGGAUUAUUCAGCAAACGUCGCCCUAGUUUGAUUGUAAAAUAAUAUCUUGUCGGCCUGAUGCACCGAACUCAGGUCAUCAUCGGCUGUACACUAUCCUCUGUGUUCUAGACAGCCAGAUAUCUGGCGCUGAUUUUCCUCAUCUAAUUGUUGGCCACUGAAAUCUCUAACGCAAGCAAAAGUAGCCUAUAUUUCUGAGAAUGUAGAUCCUUUACAGCCUUUAUAGGAAAUGAUUUGUACUCAAAUUUCUCAGUGCUGCCCAGUAACCAUAUUGAUAUAUGGAGAAAAUAAAUAAAGCGUAUAUUUUGCAAUACUUUUCUAUUCAGCAUGUUAGACAGUUGACCCCCUCCCCUCCACCAAGGUAAUCAAAUCAGGAAGAAGAUACAAUCAGAGGUUAUUAUCUGAUGCAGGCCAUUGAUUUGUGUCUCACACUUUCUGGAUCAAGUGCAUCUGACAUUCAUUUAACAUGUCAAACUAAACAACUACCAGUGGACAUAUGGGAAUGGUAUUAAAGUUCUGCUGAGCUAAUGCCAACAAUCAGCUGAAUCUAUACGCCCCUGAUUCUGUAGCCACCAAUUGGCUUCCUUUCACUGAAAUGCAAUGCUCUGCUGUAGCUGAACACUUUGAGAAAUAUGCAGUCCAUAGACAACAGUCUCAGGGCUGUAUAUGCAGGAUGGAACUAUUGGGAAUGUCAGAGUUUCUGACAUGGAAAAAGACAACAAAUCACUGCUAGGUCGGCUACAACAGGAUCGAGCCAUAUGUGAGGAAUGGUAACAGUGCAAACAGCAAAACCAGGUUUUUUUUUAAUAUUCAUAGUAGACAUGAAGCACAUUUAGAGUCACUAGCACAUUUAGAAGUACAGAUUUUGCUCAAUGAGUAUUGAAACUCCACCACUAUCAAUGGUCAUUCUGAGGUUUCUAACCAGAAUGGAUUGCUGGACGAAUUGUCAAAGGUGUUCAAGUCAAGAAAAAAAGUGCAAAGUUGUCAAUUUUCUGGUCUAGAGCCAUUUAUCUAUUUAUAGAAAUAGAAAAAGGCAGUGCUGUGGUUAAAAUAAUUAAAAUGAGUCUCGUUUUUAAUCUAUACAGGUCUAAUGACCACAAUUUGCACCAUACAGUUUCCGCCGCAGGUAACCUAAGCCAGCAAUAACAUAAUUGAUGCAUAACAAAAAUAUACUGUAACGCGUGUGGUUACUGAGCCUAAGUUAAUUGUUUGAAGUGUGUGAAGCAAUGUAGAAAAUGUGCCUCUGUACACCUCAAUGCUUCCAGCUUGCUGAAUGUAACAUGUCCUCUCCCUUCUGCAUGGCUAUUCAAAUAGUGUUGUUUUUAUCAUAUGUCACUUUGUGAAAUGGUCAUAUUUCUGCCGGCUCUUAUUUCUUUUGUACUCAGGCUUCACGGCGGCUCCAGCUUCUCCUUUGAGAAAAGCUGUGAGGUUUUUAAAUGCUAAAUAUUGAUUGAUAGUAUCUCUUUUUGCAGUUUCUGCUUUUGCUGGACAAUUAAUAAACCAAUAUUUAAACUAUUA